ACUUGGUAUGGUUGGAAGUCAUGUGGGAUCACCUGUGAAAUAGGAAGCCAUUUGAAGGGAGUCUUUGUUCAUUACAAGAAUUAUAACUAUGGAGAACAUCCCAGAUGAUUCUACAGAUAAGUAUAAAAAGGAUUUAUCAGAGCAGCAAUCAAAACCUCACAAACCUGCAGUUUCAUUGACUGACAUUCCAGAGGAAAGAAAUGGCCAAGACCUUGAGCAUAGUCUCAAUGAAGAGAAAAUAAAAGAUGAAAGUAGAAAUCUAAUUGAUAAAGACAACACAAGGUCCAAGGGAGAUAACUUAACAAGGAGUACAGAGAUAAUAUCCAUUGAACCUGUCGAAAAAGAAAUGGAAUGUCUUCCUUCUUCAAAAAAUGAAAAUGAUAUGGAGACAAGUGAGAUUAUCAGCAAGAACAGCGGUCCACAUGUUGCCUUAUUUUCUGUGAUUUGCAUCCCUGCAGCCUUUGUAGCCUCACUCUGUGUGGCGUUCUACUAUGGAGCUUCAUCAUGGUACAAUUUGUAUCUCUACUUCAGUGAAGAAAAAACCAUUUGGCACAAGGUUACAAUUUGUCCUGUUUUGAUAUUAACAUUUCCAUUUACUGUGGGUUUGUCUUCCAUUGGCGUUGCUGUUUUUGCAGCCUUUGUACAGCUUUCUUGGUUCUAUCUGAGCUGGCAUGCAGAGUUUUUGGACUUUGAAAAAGGUUUUUAUGGCUGGUUGUGCAAUAAGAUGGGGCUGCCACAGUGUUGUCCUUAUGAGUUGAUUAUUCUUAACAACGAAUCAGAACUAGAACCUAUGAGGACCGCUUUGUGAUUGGAAAAUAUAAAUUUCAAUAUUUUGUCUGAUCACAUAUUUAUUACAUACUUUUUUUUAGAACAAUAGUUUAAACCAAAAGAUGUUUAGAGUUGGCUGUGAAUUCAUGAGUAAGGAGCCGUCAUAUAUGGUUUCAGGGCUUUUUUUAGAGACACAAUGGGGCCGAAUAUGUGCCUCUUUCCCAAUUGGAUUUACAUGUAUUUCAUAUUAUGAUCAAAUUAACAAAAUAUAUAAUUAACUACUAAAAAAUGAUUGAUUUUAAUCCCAGAAUGAGAUAAAAGUUCAAUAUCCCAAAUCAGUUGAAAAAAAACCUUGAGUUGAAUGACACUUGCCACUGAAAUUUGUCGGUAAUGAAAGCCCUUAUCAGUAACUGGAAAAGUGAACAAAACUUGGGAAUGUUAAGAAAUAAUCAAAAAUCAAAAUUAUGAUUAAAAAAAUGGUGAAGUAU